CUUCCUGUAACAGGUUGGCUAUACUCCCAUUCUCUAAAUAACAACUGCGUAACGCAAUCAGGAAGUCUUUUCGCCUAUUUAAUCAGAGAAAAUCUCCAGGAGCGAGCAGGAUGUCUGUGGGCAUGACCAAGACGGAUGGGGUCACUAUAUUGACUUUGACCUCCGACCCCAAUAGUGCUUGUCCACCUUUAUGCCAAAUCUUCAAGGCCCUUUGCUACAGCCCCGUAUGCUGCUCUGUGUCUCAGCAGCUGAGGAGGGUGCAGAAAACUUCUCAGUCAGUACUGGGGGCUCUGCACAUUAUGGUUGGCUUGCUCAACAUUGGCCUUGGAUUAGUCCUCUUGGGCGGUCACGGUGGCCCUUGGUGGAUGAUGGAUAGCAUGUUUCCUUUUUGGCUUGGAAGCCUGUUCAUACUUUUUGGCAUCACGUGCAUUUUGUCUGAGAAGUUUCCCAGUCGAUGUCUGGUCAUCAUCAACGUGAUUCUGAAUCUGGCAGGAGUUUGUUUUGCCAUUACAGGCAUUGUAAUGUACUCCAUCACUAUGCUAGAAAGUGAUUGGGAUUUGUGGGGGAUGUGCGACGAUGACCGUUAUAACCGUUAUAACCGUUAUGACUACGGGUAUGGCCGUUAUGGAAGGACGACGGCAAGUCCAUCUCCAGAGAAGCUGAUCAUGAAGGAGAAAUGCUUGGAGGCAAAAGCACUGAUUCUUAUGCUUAAUAGAAGCUUGAAUGCUGUGCUGAUCGUCAUGUCGACUCUGGAGCUCUGCCUCGUCAUCAGCUCUGUUGUCAUGGGGAUCAAAGCCCUGAAGAGCAGUCAGAAGGGAGAAAACAAGAGCACUGAUGAACCAGAACACUACAAACCACUUCUGGAGGAGGUCACCACUUACCCUGUAGUCUAAAUGAACAUCUGUAAGACUGUGUAUUUACACCACUGACUGUAAACACAAUCAGCCAUAAGGUCAGGGGUAUGUUUUCCAUCAGGGGUUGCUUAAAAAUAUUUGCACUUAUAUUUUUGAUUAUAAUCUAUACUAGAUUGUAUGUGCUGCUUUCCAUAUUAUCCUCUGCUUUUUUAAACUGUUCCUAUUGAUUAUGAAUUUCUGUGCCAUGUGCCUUAUAGUCAGUAUGUGUGCAGGUGACAUGAAGGUACCUGCAUGUUUAAUGUGGUAUUGUAUUUCUACAUAUGAAACCUUAAAGGGAAAUUUAAUCAGUAUAAUGACUAGUUGUGGUCUUUAAUCACAAAUUAUCUCAAUGGUUAUAAAGAAAUGCUGUCAUGUGAUGUGAAAAAUUGAAUUAAAGCCACUCUUUGCAAACUAGUGUCAAUCCA